UUCAAUGAUGGACUAAUGACAGCUAACCAGUUAUUAAAGGGUGAAUGCGAUUACUGUGCUCAUUCUUCAUGCUUUCCAAGCAUCAAAAAUGUUAUAAUUGUUUCUGUUCAACCUGAAAGGAACAUUCAACUCUUUCCAUCCAAUGAUAUAAACUCUUCUGUGUCUCAUGUGCUUGUUUUACCUCCUCGCCCUAACUCUCUCCCUGCCAUGACACCUGCUGCCGAGGAAGGAGGAAUGGAUUUUGCAAGUAUGAUUAAUGAUUUCGUUGAUACGACAGAUGUAACCCUCCCUGGCAAUAUGCAAGAGGACUUGUUCGAAGGAUUAAAUGAAAUGGAUAUUGAUUUUCCAAGUACCACUUAUAAAGAGGAUGUUCGAGCACCUUUAGCAACUGGUUAUCUUAUUUCAACCACUCCUCCAGGGAACCUCCCAACUGAAUUUUGGGGUCAUGAUAAACCACAGUCAAUGUGUCACAUGUUCAAGACACUACUCCAUAGUCAUCUGUCAGUCCAUGCAUAUCCCGGUAGCCCUCCUGAUGUACUCUGUUCUGUCCUUCUGGCUUUUGAUGCACUGUCUUGGCUGAGCAUAAACCAUGUCACUCAACAGAGAAACUCAUCACUGCCCAUUCAUCUCUUUCUCCUUUCAAAGCUUUAUAAUUUCUUCACUGUCAUGUCAAGAUAGCGACAGCCUGAUAUCUUUCAAAAAAACAAAUUUUGUAAAUCUAUUAUUCUUUAACAUGUUUCGAUAUGUUCUUUGUGUGUGUCAUCAAAUUACUGGUUUUUUUACAAUGGUCAGAUUGUACAAAUAAUAACAUAAUGUAAUUAUGAUUCAUAAUAAUAAUAAUAUUUUUAAUAGAGUUAUUUUUUCAUCUAUUUAAAAUUUCAAUAAUAUAAUGGUACCAUUUCUUGUUCAAUCAUUAUGCACA